GUGAGUGCGUUUGUGAAGGAUCGUUGGAAUGGGAAUCAGAUUCGUGUUAAUGGUGAACAAGCAAGGACAGACUCGUCUUGCACAGUAUUAUGAGUACCUCACUCUCGAAGAAAGGCGAGCACUUGAAGGCGAAAUUGUUCGGAAAUGCCUCGCCCGUAGUGAUUACCAGUGUUCAUUUGUUGAGCAUCGCAACUAUAAAAUUGUGUAUAGACGCUAUGCAUCUUUGUUUUUCCUGGUUGGAGUCGAUAAUGAAGAGAACGAGCUUGCAAUUUUGGAGUUUAUACAUCUUUUGGUCGAAACAAUGGAUCGACACUUUGGCAAUGUGUGUGAGCUAGAUAUUAUGUUUCAUUUAGAAAAGGUUCAUUUUAUGUUGGAGGAAAUGGUCAUGAAUGGCUGCGUUGUGGAGACAAACAAAACAAGUAUCCUGAGUCCAAUUCAACUGCUGGAUAAAAAUUCAUAAGAGAAACAAAAGAAGCACUCCUGGUAAUUUUUAUAUUAAUAUUCGUUCUUUUGCAAUUAUUUUAAGCGUACAAUAAAGUGAAUUACAAUAGUAAAUCUCCAAAUUUCUUUAUCUAUAAAAACAGCAAAGUUUUUUUUUUUCAUUUUAGUUUUCUCCCUCCUUGAUUGUAAUGAAUUGACUAUUGAUCAUGUUCUGAAAGAGUAAAAAGACUUGAAUGAUACUUGGUGUAAUCAAUACUCUGAAAUUCAGAAGUUGCUUACUUGCUAACCGAAAGUCGGAUGGAAUUGUUUUCAUGUUACUUGUCUAUCUCUAGUAAUGCCUAAGAUUGUCUUUACAGUUUAAGCUUCAUAUCCUUAUACAAGAUAAAUUCAAGCUGGAAUUUUUAUUCGUUUCAAUAAAUAAAUCAACUUCGAACAAAUUUUUUUCCAAGUAAUUGGUUUGCCUCAAUUACUAUACAUCUCUAUGUGACGUCUAAAGCACCCAGACUUCUUUUUACAAUCUGUUCAUGUAAUUUUAUCAUAACAAUGUGCAUGUGUAAUAUCAAAAUUUAUUAAAAAUCAAGAAACAUGAUAAAUCUUAUCUUAGAAAAACGUC